AAAUAUAUAUAUAUAUAUAUAUAUAUAUACCCAACUAAUGCAUGUGUCGGCGCGCGGCAUCGAAAAGUUCUAUAAAAAAUAAUUUAAGCGUUGCCACAACUAAAAUUUAAACGACACAAUCAAAAUCAUGUUCAUCUAAUGCGACAACAAUUGAGCAAAAUUUCAGAUAAUUUAAGUUUCUUUUAUUUUUUUUUUUAAGAUAUCGAUUUUCCGUUACAUCGUUAUACACACACUCUGACCGAGUUUACACACGCCCCUCUUUACGGCCCACCACCACAACCUCCCAAGCACAGACACAUAUACGCACACAGCCAGCCAGGGGCAGAGGCUGCACUCCUCACUCCUGUGUGUGUGUGCGUAUGUGCAGAGUAAAAGUCAACAUUGACUAAUUGUUGCUUGUUGUCGAAUGUGGGAAACUGUAAAAUCAGAAAAGUGGGAAACUCGGGUUUGAUAAAAGGUUUUUCAACUGAUUUAACGCUGCAUCGCAUUAAGAAGCAUGUUUUAUUUGGCACUCAUUCAAUAGGGACGGACAAACAUUUUAGGGACACAGCUGUAUAUAUUGGAAUCAUCGGUGCAAUCGCAAUCGCUGCAUAAGUUGAGCUGAGCUUUGGUCUCCGUGCGAGUGUGCGUGUCAACAUGGUAAGACAAAUGCAGCUGCUAUUCCAAUGCACGCAUACAGUGGGCGUCAUAAGUUGUUUGCUGCUGUUUCUGCUGGCCCAAGCAAUGGGCCAGGGCACACCGCAACAGGUGUGCCCGGAGCAGGCUGAUAUUUCGCCCUGUAUAUGCACCGUGAAAAAGAAUGGACUGGAUGUGUUGUGCGAGACGACGGAUCUUUCGCAUAUUGCCAAAUCCAUGGGCACACUGAAGGGCAAAAGCCCGAUCAUAUUCUAUUUGAAGCUGCGACACAAUAAUUUGCCCAAGCUGCAGGGAUUCGUGUUUCUGGCUCUGGACAUACGCCAUUUGACAAUACACAACAGCAGCCUCGCAGCCAUCGAGGAGAACGCAUUAAGUUCGCUGGGAAAAGGACUCACACAGUUGGAUGUCUCAUUAAAUCAAAUGAAAACGGUGCCAUCGCAAGCUUUGCAACAUUUAUAUCAUUUGCUGAUUUUGAACUUGAAUCACAAUAAAAUCACUGUCAUACAUAACAGCGCGUUCGAGGGCCUGGACACGUUAGAGAUACUAACGCUCUAUGAGAACAAAAUAACACAGAUUGAUCCCGAAGCAUUCCGCGGUCUAGAGAAAAAAUUGAAGCGCUUGAAUCUGGGUGGUAAUGACCUAUCCAGUGUGCCACAAAAGGCUCUCUCCAUAUUGGAUACGCUAAAGAAACUCGAGAUACAGGAGAACAAGAUACGUACAAUCAGUGAAGGAGAUUUUGAGGGCCUGCAGAAUUUGGAUUCUCUGAUAUUAGCACAUAAUAUGAUCACAACCGUGCCUGCAAAUGUAUUCACACACUUAACUCUACUUAAUUCGCUGGAGCUAGAGGGCAAUAAGAUUAGCGUUAUUGACAAAGAUGCGUUUAAGGGACUGGAGGAGAAUCUGCAGUAUUUGCGUUUGGGCGACAAUAAUAUAAACGCCAUACCAAGUGAGGCACUGCGUCCAUUGCAUCGUCUACGUCAUUUGGAUUUGAGAAACAACAACAUCAAUGUGCUGGCCGAUGACGCUUUUACUGGAUACGGCGAUUCGCUCACAUUUCUCAAUCUGCAGAAAAAUGAUAUUAAAGUGCUGCCCAGUACCCUGUUCGAGAAUCUCAAUUCGCUGGAGACGUUGAAUUUGCAAAACAAUAAAAUGCAACGCAUUCCGCAGGACACAAUGGAACCGGUGAUCGAUACAUUGCGCAUAAUAGAUAUCACUGACAACCCAUUGAACUGUUCGUGUGAGUUGAUCUGGUUCCCAAAGCUGUUGGAGGAUCUAAAGAACAAGGACGAUGAAAUGUCACAAAAGAAGAAGCCGCUGUGCCACAUGUCGUUGGAUAAUCGCGAAUAUUUUGUACAAGCGAUGCCCACUGAGAAGAUGCACUGCGCUGGCCUCAAUGUGAGUCCCUCACCCACCAGCGGCGGUCUAAUGCGGAUACUGCAAGUGAACAUUUUGGCCCAAUUGGCCAUGUGUAGCGUGGCCUUUCUGAGUAGCGUUUAAAUAUAAAUGCGAAACUCCCUAACUAAAAGCAGCAUACGCAAACGUAUCGUAAUUGCAUUCACACAUUCCCCGUUUUUUGUUUUCGUUGCUCCGCUUAUCCAUUAUGGAUCAUCAUCAGUCCAGAUCAUUAGCUGAAGUGAUACUUACUAAGCCCAGCCACCCCGCCCUCGAGUCCCAAUCCCCCAUUCCCAAAUGUCCAACUUUUGUAUGCCUACAAACCAUUUCUGUGUUGUUGUAUUGUAUUUUUUAUUAUAGAUUAUAGUGAAUCCGUGAAUUAUGCAACUCUGGCAAUUGUUAGACACAAUAUGCACGCAACAACAACAGCAACAACAACAACUUCCCACUCAAAAACAAACAAGCUGCAAUAUCACCCGCAAGUGCCCCAUCGAAACUGAAUUACACAAAAAUGCAAAAAAAAAAGCAAAAAAUAACUAAUAACUCAAGAAAACAAAAAACACCCACCUUGUUGAAUUUUAUGUCGUUUUGAUGCCAAUGUCAUAGAUCGCGCUACGAAGAGAAAAUAAUUUCGAAGAGAAUUCAUAAAGUAUCCAUUAAAUACGCACACAGAACAUUUAAGCCAUUCGAACAGUAGCCCGACAAAAGAAAAAGUAAAAACAAGAAAAUUAAAUUAAAUACAAAUUGCGAGCCGAUCGUUAGUUGUUAACCUAUCGAUAAAUGUUAUCGAUCGGCAAUCAAAACGUAGCUUAGACUUAAGAGUCAAAAAACUAAAUGAACAAAAUGUAAACGCAAGCAUAUCUGAAAACAAACAAACGUGAAUUGUUACAAGUUAAGCGAUAUUAUUAUUAUUAUUAUUAUUAUUAUUAUCAUAUUAUUAACUAUUAUAUUAUAGAACUGUAAGAGCACAUAUAUGUACCUAUUUAUUGUGCAUGUCUAUGUGUGUAGUACUACUAUGUCGUCGUCGCUGUUGUGAGAUACAAUCAUUAUAAUGAGAUUUGUUAUUUUAUUGUUUUAUCCACACAUAUAUAUAUAUUCUAUAUAUGCAUCGUAUUACCUUUUGCUAUUCAAGUUUUUUCCGCCAAGCAACAUAUCAAAAAAAAAAAAUGAAAAA